CGGCCACGGCGGCGCGCCCACCUCGCCUGCGAUCGGCGCUUCCGCUGCCGCUGCAGAAAACCGGGUGGGGCCGGCCGACCCCACCGGCCGUACCAGCGAUCGCCUCAGGCUCGUGGGGGACUAGGAGGACGUUGGGAGGGCGUGAGCUUCACUCGCCUAUAUAAAGGCCGAGCCUGUCCCUCCCCCCUAUCUAUUCGCGGCGGUCUUUUUCAGUCUGCGACCUUGCCUGGUUGUCAUCCGCGGGGGAGAGCGAGAGAGAAAGGGAGGAAAUUUUGGGAAGGAAAUGGCACGAAGGAGAGUGGAGUUGAAGAGGAUCGAGAACAGGGCGAGCAGGCAUGUAACCUUCUCCAAGCGGCGGAACGGGUUGAUGAAGAAGGCGUACGAGAUCUCGGUGCUUUGCGGGGUGGAGGUCGCGCUCAUCAUCUUCAGCUCCAAGGGCAAGCUUUACGAGUUCUCCAGCAAUCCCAGUAUGACCAACACGCUUGACCGCUAUCAACAGCACGUAAACCAUGCGAAGGACUUGAUCAGCAGUGAAGAAGUGAGGAGGGCAGAGCCAGAAGUCCCACAUUUACCACAAUCAGCACAGAAGGAGCCUCUGGAUAACUUCCUCAGCCUUGGGCUCCCGCCAUCUGCAUCUCCUUGACGGUGCGCCUGAUUUCAAAUAGCAGUGACCCUAAAAGCUUUCAUGGAAGUACGGCAAGUAUGCGGGAGAAGGAGAACAAGCUUGCAGCAUCCAUCAAAGUGUAGGCUUUGGCCUUCCGAUAUCACUGUGGUUAUUUUGUGACUCCACGAAUAAGCUGCCUUGUGUACUAGUACUCAUUAGUCAGCAUUCUUAGUGUUCUUCAUUGCUGAAUCCUUGUAAGAUAGCUUAGUAAGCUCUUUAUCUACUGUAACAAUUUCAAGUUAGAUGAAGAUUAUGCCUUUACCACUGAAUAACCAUGAAAAACCUCAA